GCUCACUAUAUAUUUUCGAACAAACUGAGGCAAACAAAUUAGGAAUGAGAGUACUUUGUAAACAAUAUCUACUCGAGAAAAUCAAGUAGAUGUAUGAAACACACUAGAAUGCUCACUAUAUAUUUUCGAACAAACUGAGGCAAACAAAUUAGGAAUGAGAUUACUUUGUAAACAAUAUCUACUCGAGAAAAUCAAGUAGAUGUAUGAAACACACUAGAAUGCUCACUAUAUAUUUUCGAACAAACUGAGGCAAACAAAUUAGGAAUGAGAUUACUUUGUAAACAAUAUCUACUCGAGAAAAUCAAGUAGAUGUAUGAAACACACUAGAAUGCUCACUAUAUAUUUUCGAACAAACUGAGGCAAACAAAUUAGGAAUGAGAUUACUUUGUAAACAAUAUCUACUCAUAUCUCAAAAGCUGAAAGAAGGAAUGGUCUACCAAAAACGUACUGAAUUAGGUACUCAAAUAAUUCUGACCUGUAAUGUAGGUCAUGGUUGUAAGCAGAGCAGAAGCAUUGUAGGGCGGACAAUGUGUUCGGUCUUCUGCCAUCACAAAACUCCGAAGAUCUGUGCCCUUUCUGUCCCUCACCUUUCCAUCAUUUUGGUCCCUUUUCUAUCUUCCAUCUCCUCCAAUGCCUGUAUAUAUAUGUCACUCCACUCUACGUCUUCCUCACUCGCCUUCCAGAAAUUAAAUUCAUAAGAAACUGUAUACAGAGAUAAUCGGAUAAUCAAAGAUGUUGAGAGGCAGAGAACAGAGAACAGAGGCAGUGUUCGAGAAACAGAUCAAGUUCACCAGAAAUGGCAGCUUGAAGGCUCCGGCGAAGAGAUCGUCAUCGCAAUUGGCUCAUCCUCUCCGAUACUAUCUCAAGCGAUUCAGCGGAAGUAUGGCGGAGGCUCUGCGGAUGAUUUCGCCGGUGAAAUGCCGCAAACUUGACUCUUCAUCAUCGUUUUCGUCAUCAUCUUCGUCUUCAUCUUACUACAGCAGUAAAUCAUCGAGGCAGCAGGGGAUGGUGGCCGGAAGCAAUUAUUCGUGUACAGCUUCCGCUCCUCGCCGGAAUUCAAUCGGAACUGACGAUCACAGAGCUGAAGCGAUAGAUGAUUGCAUCAAAUUCAUCAACGCCUCCUUGUCUAGAUCAAAGUCACUCGCUUCUUAUAUUUGAUUUUGUAUGACGGACCGUUAGAUAGGGUUUAUUAUUAAUUCAUAGCUCCUAAUUAGCUUAGAACAAUUAAUUUGUAUGUAAAUUGCCUAUGGGAUCAGUCGAUCAGAUCAACUUAUGAACUUAUGAUCGAAUGGUGCGGAAAUUGAUUUGAACCUGUUGAGAGAAAACGUGUACUUAGAAUGAGUCGAUAAGAUUUUGCCUAAUCAUAAGUUAUGAUUAUUUAUUUGAACUAUUUGUAUCA